AUGAAAGUGAAAGCAAGAGAAGAAGAGAAACUCUCAUUCACUGUAAACCAGCAAAAAAAGAAAACAAUGACCACUGACAGCAAGCAAACCAAAAACCCAAGAAAAUGCAAGCAACCCAUUAACGAGGAAUCUCCACUGCUGCCAAAUCAGAGGGGCUGCGAUGAGCAGGCAGUGCAGGAAUUCAAUGGUGCAUCUUUUGCUGGUGCAGUGUUUAAUCUGUCAACGACCAUUAUUGGUGCUGGGAUUAUGGCGUUGCCUGCCACCAUGAAAGUGCUGGGUCUUGGCGUUGGGAUUGGUAUGAUCAUUUUUGUUGCGAUUUUGACAGAGGCCUCUGUGGAGAUGUUGUUGAGGUUCAGCAAAGUGGGAAAGGUUGUGUCUUUCGGAGGGGUUAUGGGGGAUGCCUUUGGGAAAGCUGGGAAAGUUGUGUUUCAAUUGUGUAUCUUGGUGAACAAUCUUGGAACGCUCAUUGUCUACACGAUCAUCAUUGGUGAUGUGCUGUCUGGAACUUCUUCAACUGGAGUUCACCAUGCUGGAGUAUUGGAAGGGUGGUUUGGUGAACACUGGUGGAACGGGCGUACCUUCGUGCUGCUUCUCACAACCAUUUUUGUAUUUGCUCCAUUGGCAUCCUUAAAGAGAAUAGAUUCAUUGAGAUAUACAUCUGCUUUAGCAGUUGCACUGGCAGUUGUUUUUCUAGUUAUUACUGCAGGAAUCGUAGUUAUUAAAUUCUUUUAUGGAGGUAUUUCCAUGCCCAGGUUCCUUCCUAAUGUGUCUGAUAUUGCAUCGGUGUGGAAUCUCUUCACAGUUGUUCCUGUUCUUGUGACAGCCUUCAUCUGCCACUUCAACGUGCAUACAAUCGACAAUGAGCUUGAGGACUCUUCCUUGAUUCAACCAAUUGUGCAGACAUCAUUGGCUUUGUGCUCUUCCGUCUACAUACUGACCAGCCUUUUCGGGUUCCUCCUAUUUGGGGACUCAACUCAUGAUGAUGUGCUAGCCAACUUUGACACCAACCUUGGCAUCCCUUAUAGCUAUUUGCUCAAUGAUAUUGUUCGCAUCAGCUAUGCCCUGCACCUCAUGCUUGUUUUUCCUGUUAUCUUCUAUCCACUGCGGCUCAACUUGGAUGACCUCGUCUUCCCCUCAUCUAGGCCUCUGGUUGCAGAUAAUUGUAGGUUUGCAUUAAGCACCAUUGGGCUCAUUUCUGUUGUCUUCGUGGGUGCAAAUUUUAUACCCAGCAUCUGGGAUGUCUUCCAGUUUUCUGGAGCUACUGCUACAGUUUGCAUUGGGUUCAUCUUUCCUGCUGCCAUUGCUCUAAGAGAUCGACAUCAAAUAGCAACAAGAAAGGACAAGAUUUUAUCUGUUUUCAUGAUUGGUCUUGCCGUGUUCUCAAAUGUGAUAGCAAUAUACAGUGAUGCCACUGCCCUGUUAAAACAGGUGGUGUCCCCUGGUGCAUGA